CAUAAACAGCUCGUCAACCACCUCGGUAGCUUGCUAGCCAACAUAGCCCAAAGAUUCAAGAUAUUUAUACGCUUUCGGUCUAUAUUAGCUACUGUGUUUUAGACACACUUCUGUCGUAUCUACUUGUUAACCUAUUUAAUUUAAUAUUACGUUAUUUUUUAUUAGUCAGCUAUAGUAGCUGGCUGGUUAAGUUAGCACUAGCCUGGUCGCUAAUGAUAGCUAGCUAGCUAACAUCCCCGAACAUGAGCUCCCUAAACUACUCCCCUCCUGUUAAAGAAGAGGAGGUCUGCUGGACGGAGAAAGAAGCUCUGGGGCUGAACAUUGUGAAAGAGGAGAAGGAAGAGGAGGAUGUUACAGUAAAACAAGAAGUAGAGGGUGAGACUGUUACAAUGAAAGAAGAAGAGAAAGACGCGUUCAGAGUGAAAGAGGAGGAGGAUGUUACUGUAAAACAAGAAGUAGAGGGUGAGGCUGUUACAGUGAAAGAAGAAGAGAAAUACGUUACAGUUAAAGAAGAGGAAGACACAUUCAGAGUGAAAGAGGAGGAGGAUGUUACUGUGAAAGACAAGGAUGCAGUUUUUGAAGUGGAGGGGGAGGAAGGAGAGGAGGAGACAGGAGAGAGACAGGACUAUCGUAGAUCCUCUGGGGAGCCUCAACAACAUCAUGAUGCUGACGAGGCAGAGAAGAGUCUCUCCACAUCAGGACACCUCAAGAAACGCAAUCAGAGACCCACAGGAAAGAAACCUCAGUGCUGCUCUGACUGUGGGAAACAUUGCAAAUCUUCAUCAAAACUAAAAAUACACCAGCGAGUACACACAGGAGAGAAACCUUAUAGCUGUAAUCAAUGUGGGAAGAGUUUUACUAAUUCAAGUAAUCUGAAAACACACCAGAGAACACACACAAGAGAGAAGCCUUAUUGCUGUGAUCAGUGUGGCAAGAGUUUUACUCAGUCAAGCAACCUGGUAACACACCAGAGAACACACACAAGAGAGAAGCCUUAUUGCUGUGAUCAAUGUGGGAAGAGUUUUACUCAGUCAAGCAACCUGGUAACACACCAGAGAACACACACAGGAGAGAAACCUUAUAGCUGUGAUCAAUGUGGGAAAAACUUUUCUCUGGGAGAACGCCUUAAAGAGCACCAGAGAACACACACAGGAGAGAAAUCUUAUAGCUGUGAUCAGUGUGGCAAGAGUUUUAGUCAGUCAUGCAACCUGGUAUCACACCAGCGAACACAUACAGGAGAGCAGCCAUAUAGCUGUGAUCAGUGUGGCAAGAGUUUUGCUCAGUCAAGCAACCUGGUAUCACACCAGAGAACACACACAGGAGAGCAGCCAUAUAGCUGUGAGCAAUGUGGGAAAAACUUUUCUCGGAGAGAACACCUUAAAGAGCACCAGAGAACACACACAGGAGAGAAACCUUAUAGCUGUAAUCAAUGUGGGAAGAGUUUUACUCAGUCAAGCAGCCUGAAUAGACACCAGAGAACACACACAGGAGACAAAUCUUACCACUGCUCUGACUGUAAUUUGUUUUUAUCUCUUGAUUUAUUUGACAGUUUGCCCUUAGUGUGAAAAGUUGUCAUCAAGGCAAAGGGUGGCUACUUUGAAGAAUAUACAAUAUAUUUUGAUUUGUUUAACACUUUUUUGGU